AUGGCCUUUUUUGCACGAACAAACACAGCACGAACACUUUCCAAAGUCAUUGCACCCGUCAAAUCUCAAUUGACAGGCUUCCCUAACCGCUCAUAUACAACCGUCUCAAAGAACCUGCCGACAAGGUCACCGACAUCGAUUGUCCCACCCAAGGUCCUCGGAACUGUUGCCGUCACAGCUGCCGUUGCAUUCUGGAGUCAAACCACUGGCGCACAAGCCGAGUGCGAGUCAAAAAAGGUCUCUAAGACACCUGAGAGUACAGCCGAGGAGGAUAAACAACGUAAAUUAGAUGGAUUGACAAAGGACUCGCCAAUGCGACUCCGCAUGGAGGAGUUUGUCAAGAGGCUUCAGAUCGAGAUCACAUCCGAGUUGGAGAAACUCGACGGUAAAGCCAAGUUCAAGGUCGACCGGUGGACACGGCCCGAGGGCGGAGACGGUAUCUCGAUGGUGAUGCAGGAGGGAGCUGUCUUUGAGAAGGCCGGCGUCGCAGUCUCGGUCGUCUAUGGUAUGCUCCCCCCAGCAGCCAUUGCACAAAUGCGUGCCAAGCAUCCCAACAUUGCCGACACCAAGGAGCCUAUGCCCUUCUUUGUCACGGGUAUCUCCUCCGUCAUCCACCCCAACAACCCCAACGCGCCCACGGUUCAUUUCAACUACCGGUACUUUGAGCUCGGAGCUCAGGACGAGAACGGUAAACCAGUGUCGUGGUGGUUCGGUGGCGGAUCUGACUUGACACCCGCGAUCCUCUAUGAGGAGGAUGCAGUCCACUUCCAUGAAGUGAUCAAGGAGGCCUGCGACAAGCACGACCCUCGAUACUACCCAGACUUCAAGAAAUGGUGCGACGAGUACUUUUACAUUCCCCACCGUCAAGAACACCGCGGGAUCGGUGGUAUCUUUUUCGAUGACCUCGACAACAAGUCGCCCGAGGAACUGUUUGGAUUUGUCCAGAGCUGUGGCCAUGCCUUCUUGAAGCAGUAUAUCCCAAUUAUGGAGAAGCGCAAGGACUUGCCCUUCACGGAGGAGGACAGGCAUUGGCAGCAGCUUCGUCGUGGUCGGUAUGUCGAGUUUAACCUGGUGUAUGACCGCGGUACCAAGUUUGGAUUGUUGACCCCCGGGGCGAGGACGGAGAGUAUUUUGAUGACGAUGCCGUUGACGGCGCGGUGGGAGUACAUGCACGAGCCUGAUGUGCAGGCCCACAGCAAGCUCAUGGAUGCGCUCCGUGUCCCCAGGGACUGGGUCCCGUUUUCUCGUCCUCCCUCGACGAGAAGUAAAAUCACCUCCAAGCGAAUCCCUGCUAACCACAGGUACAAGAUUGAGAAGCGUGUGAAGGACCAUCACCGCAAGCUCCGCAAGGGUGCCAAGGCCAACCCCAACGCUCAGUACAAGAACAAGAAGGACCCCGGUAUUCCCAACAACUUCCCCUUCAAGGAGCAGAUUCUUCAGCAGAUUGCCGACCAAAAGAUGAAGGAGCAGGAGGCGAAGGACCAGGCUAAGGAGGUCCGUCGUAAGGCUGCCGAGAAGGCCCGCAAGGCUAACAAGGCCAGAAACACCAACCCCACAGAUGCAGAGGCAGCACCAACACCAGCAGCAGAGAAGAAGGAUAAGAAGAGGAAGGCUGCCGCAGUGGAGGGUGAUGAUGAGGAGGCACCUACUUUGGUUCUUUCCAAGGCUGCUCAGCGCAAGGCAGAGAAGGCAUCAACGACAACACCAGCGGCAACAAAGAAGACCAAGACUGCGGCGGCUACCAAGAAGGCUGGAAAGAAGCAGAAGGAGGAGGGGGUUGAGGAUGCUCCUUAUAACUUUGCUGAGCACUUUGCUCCCGCCGAGCAGGACGAGGAGGAGGAGUAA